GGCCAAGCUGGAGAUUUCUUAAGUGUUAGCUGAAGUAAUAUUUUUCCUUUUUGGCAUGUUGGUCUGUUUUUGUGCAUGUGUGUGUGUGCGUGUAUGUGUGUGUGCGCGUGUAUUUGUGUGUGUGUGUCUGUCUGUGUGAUAUUGUAGAACCUGAUGGAGCACUUCAAUCCAGGCCUCCAGAAGCUUGUUGCUCUAGGAAACAGCUAUGUCAAAGCUUUCCAAGCCUUAGCUGUUUGCAGUGAGGCCUAUUUCAGCGCUGUGGCUAAGAUGGGUGACCAGGCUCUUCACACACUUUCAUCCCGCUCUCUUGGGGACGUCCUGAUCCAGAUAUCAGACACACAGAGGAGACUCACCGCAGAGAUGGAGGGAGUGUUCCGAUGGUUCCAGAUAGAGGUGCUACAAGCCAUGGAGAAGAAUGUAAAGUUGGAUGAGGAAUACAUUGAUGGUAGUCGCAGAGUGUAUGAGCUGGAAGUGAGGAAUCAGGCUGAGGCUUUGGAGAAACAGCUCAGACGAGGAGCCUACAGAGACUCAUUGGAGAACAGUGAGUACAUGCUGUACCUGAGGCAGAGCCAGCAGGAGAUCCUCAAGGAGGAGGAGAGGAGGUAUCGCUUCUUGGCAGAGAAACACUGUGGCCUCACUCAGUCACUACUCUUCCUAAUAAACAAGACUGGUGCAUCUCUUCAGCAAAAAGCAGACGGAUGGAAGGAGAAAGUGAACGAGACCAGAGGGUCCAGACCUCGAACUCCCACCCCCUUGGACCAAGAGGCACAACUGCGAGGCUCAGUGAGCUCCCUGCUGCAGACAGUAGCCAGAGAUGAGGACAUGUCCUGGGCCAGGAGGGAGCAGCAGGCACUGGGCAGAGUGCCCUCUAGAGCACCGUCUCCCCUCCCCAGCCGCUCGCGCUCCAGCUCAGUGGGGGAAUCUCUGGGUCUGGGAGGCGGGAGAGCCAUGAGAGCCCUGGUGUCUCACCCUUCCUCAUCCAACCCAAAACUUCUACCUUUCAACAGGGGAGAGACUGUCACCGUACUCGUCCAGGAACCACGCAACGGCUGGCUGUACGGACGCACUGACAGCAGCCUGCGUCAGGGCUGGUUCCCUGCUGCUUAUGUGGCACCUAUUGAAGAUUUCUCCAACACUUUAGCAACAAGUGGUGGUUCACUAAGAAGCCACAGUAUGAACAAUCUGCUGGACCCCACUGACACCCACACCGACCAAUUGGAGAGCAAGAACUACGGAGAUAUCCCGCCCCCGGCCACGCCCAACCGCAGAGCUUCUGUAGACUUCCGGCCGACCUCUCCGCUUCCUGAGAAGAAGGCAGAACCAGUGACAGAGAUCAAGCACGCUCAAACUAAGACCUACAAUGAACACCCGCCUCCACCGCCGCCUCCUCCGUCGAGUCAGAAUCUCAGAAGGGGCUCUGAAGAUUUUCGACCAAUCUCUCCCCUCCCUGACAGGAAGGGCGAAUCAGCGUCUGAAGUCCAGGCAUUAUCCACCCAUGGGCCACCGGACAACCCUUUGUUUCCCAGAGGCACAAACCCAUUCGCCACAGUAAAGCUUCGCCCCACGACGACCAAUGACAGAUCUGCUCCUCGGAUCCACUGAUCCAUCAGCGCUCAUGCAGGCAGGGUUUGUAACCGAGGCUGCAGGAUCAGGUGGUGGAGGCAGGAUAUACAAUUUUGUUUCUGGAGAAUGUAAUGACAUCUCUGAAAUGUGAAGGGCAGCAGAAGGUUUAGUGAGUUUUUUGUACAGUGUUGUACCAAAAGUAAUAUAAUGGUACUUCUUAAUAAUUAAAUAUCAAAAUCAUAAACUUUUAAAAUAGUUGUUUUAUCAACUCUUUGUACAAUAUUUAAGUUUCAAUUAAAAUAAUUAAGUAUAUUAAAGUAAUAGUUACACAUUUUGGGAAUUAUGCUUAUUCGCUUUUUGUCUGAGUUAGAUAAGAAGAUCAAUACUACUCUCAAAUCUGUCCGUCAGCAGCUGGUUAGCUUAACAUGAAGACUGGAAACAAUCCACCUACCAGCACCUGUUUUAUUUUUCUUGCCUCUGGAUAGAACAAGGCUAGUUAAGCUAAGCUAAGCUAUCUGGCUUCUGGGUUAUAGACAUGAGUAUCAGUUUUUGCAUCUAAAUCUAGGCAAGCGAAGCAAAUAACCACAGUUCCCAGAUGUUGAACUAUUUCUUUAAGCUGUAAGCAAAUGUAUCAAAAAUCUGAAUUUUGUGGUCAUCUGAUCUGAUCCUAUUUGACAGAGCUAAACAAAAAUGUAAUCCAUUCAAAUCUGACUUGGGCCAUUUUAUAUUUGAUCCAGGAUGUUUUAUCUCAUGAUAGCGAUAGAUUUCCCUCAUAUUUAACUUUAGGCUGCAGUUUAGCACCUAGUCAUUAUAAAUUUGUAACCUUCUACUCUGUUCUGUGAUUGACAUGUUUUGCGCUUUGUUCUUUGAGUUUAAUGUUUUGUGUCGGCUGUGAGUGACAAUAAGUAAAGAGACA